AGAGUGAUCACUGAUCUCCUCUCCUCUUGACUCGUGUGUGUAAAUGGCUUCGCUUCUACCUCUCUUCCACACCUUCCCAUCUCUUUCCCAACCAUAUCACCUUUCAACUCCAUCAUCAUCAUUCAAAUCCACACUCCUCUUCCUUCCAAUUGCCAGCAACAAACCUUCACCCACCCUGAAAUGCUCUUCCACUACCCCCGAGACCCACUUGGACCCACAACUUGAAUUCGAAACAUCAUCAUCAUCAUCCUCAGAACCUCCACUGAGCCAAGUAUGGAGGGAAAUCCAAGGAAGCAACGACUGGGAAGGGCUCAUAGACCCCACGAACCCCCAUCUCCGCCGAGAAAUUAUCCGCUACGGCGAACUCGCACAAGCCUCAUACGACUCCUUCGACUUCGACCCUCACUCCAAAUACUGCGGAACAUGCAAAUACCACCCCUCACACUUCUUUCAGAAACUCAAUAUGUCCCACAUCGGAUACACCAUCACGCGCUACCUCUACGCAACCUCCAACAUCAACCUCCCUAACUUCUUCCAGAAAUCCAAACUCACCAGCGUGUGGAGCCCACACGCCAACUGGAUGGGUUACGUGGCAGUAACCACCGACCCAGAACAAAUCAAACGUUUGGGUCACCGCGACAUAGUCAUUGCAUGGCGAGGAACUGUCACCUACGUCGAAUGGAUUUACGACCUCAAAGACAUUCUCCGCCCUGCACUCUUCACCAACGACCCAUCCAUCAAAAUCGAAUCAGGUUUCUACGAUUUAUACACCAAGAAAGAAGAUUCUUGCAGCUAUUGCUCUUUCUCUGCUCGCGAACAAAUGCUCUCCGAGGUUAAGCGGCUUCUUCAGUACUACCAAGAAGAAGAAAUCAGCAUCACCAUCACAGGGCACAGUCUCGGUGCUGCCUUGGCUAUAAUCAGUGCUUACGACAUAGCAGAGCUUAGGUUAAACGUUGUUGAAGAUGGAGAAAGAAGUUCUAAAAUCCCUGUCACGGUUUACUCCUUUGCAGGGCCCAGAGUGGGGAACUUGAAGUUCAAAGAACGGGUUGAGGAGCUUGGGGUUAAGGUGUUGAGGGUGAUAAACGUGCAUGAUAUGGUACCCACCGUGCCGGGGAUAAUAACCAACGAGAAGUUUCAGUUUCAGAAGUACAUAGAAGACGCGUUGUGUUUUCCGUGGAGCUAUGCGCACGUGGGGACGGAGUUUGCGUUGGAUCACACGUGCAGCCCGUUUUUGAAAACAACGAAUGAUUUGGGGUGUGCGCAUAACUUGGAGGUUCAUUUGCAUCUGGUGGAUGGGUAUCAUGGGAAGGGAGAGAGGUUCCGAUUGGCCUCGAAAAGGGACAUAGCGCUUGUGAACAAGAGCUGUGACUUCCUGCGGAACGAGUACGGUGUUCCGCCCUAUUGGCGACAGGAGGAGAACAAGGGAAUGGUGAGAAGCGGAGACGGCCGGUGGGUGUUACCGGACCGACCGAGAUUGGAGGCUCAUCCGCCGGAUACGGCGCACCAUCUUCAGCAAGUGUUGAAGAACCACCGUGCGGCGAGUGAGCAAUUAGAAGCCACGUGAUGAAGAG